AUGCCAGGCGAAGGAACCUCGGAUGCUUCAAGAUCGGCUACCUCCAACCAAGGACCCACGACUAUUCUGUGUGCCGGAGCACUUCGUCAACGUGACCCGAAGCUCUUCAGCGGGAUCGGCGACGAUGACAUUGAUGACUGGUUGGAGUCCGUAGAAAGAGUAAGCCUUCAUAACAAAUGGGAUGAUGUGCUGAAACUCAAUAACGUUAUUUUUUAUUUGACUGACGUCGCUAAAUUAUGGUACACCAAUCACGAGUCAGAGCUGGCGACCUGGACUCUGUUCAAAUCGAAAAUUCAGGAAGUAUUUGGGAAGCCAGCCCAGCGAAAGCUGAUAUCUUCGUUGUUCAUGCGUAUCCGGUCUCAUGUGUUUUGGGGUUCACGGGUUCAACAAAAUGACGAAAGCUUCGUCAGCUACAUUGAAGAUGUGCUAAAAUUGUGCAAGCGCAUUGACACACAGAUGCCGGAAGACGAAAAACUGAAAAACAUCAUGAAGGGAAUUGCUGAAGACGCAUUUCAAAUUCUUGUCGUCAGAGCCCCCGCGACCGUCAUUGAAGCCAUCGAUAUUUGUCAAAACUUUCUUGAGCUGCGCACCCAGCGUUUGCCACUCAGCCGCAAGCCGCAGCCUCCCAUGGAGCUAGCUAGCUUGAAUAACGCUGCGGACUGUCCUCCCGAUAAAUGGGGUGACCUUCGAUAUCUCAUUCAGGAAAUCGUCCGCGACGAGGUGGCUCGCCAACUAGGAAAGCCUGCCACUUCCCCAGAGUCCUACGUCUCACCUUCCAUCAGAGCGCUUAUUCAAGACAACCAUUUCCUCCCCCUCGUUGGCAAGGACGUAGAGCCGACAUAUGGAGGACCCCGGAGAAUCGACCAAUUUGCUUUUCAUGUGGUCUGGUUGGACAUGUCGCUCGGUUUUGUCGACGUCGGUACCCUGAAAGUUAUGGUACCCCACCACAAGCUCACUAUCGACCAGGCUUCGCUGGUAGUCGUCGAAGUGAUGCUUUCCAAGAUUACUCCGACUACCAACGGCAGCAACGACCAAGCAGAUCUCCGUCUCCCAGACGACGCUCGCUGUCUCCUCUCCGCCCACGUACGACAUCUCCCGCUCCAGAGGGAAACUGCUAGGAGCAGUUCCAGAGGCGAGAACUGCGAAUCCUUCUACAUCCUUAAGUCCUCGCCCUAUUGCACGAAAUAUGAUUGA